GCAUUCAGUUGUGCGAUAUAUUCAUUAAGGCGAUAUUAAAUUGGUGGCUAGAUUCCAUCGUACUAACGGGACUCUACUGUAGUAGGAAUUUUGACGCGUUAAAAUGGUUCAAACAAGCCUACGCGUACCCAUGCUCCAACCCAACAACACCUCCGUAAGUGUAAAAACCGUAGAUUAGUAAGCCGGAGCUCAUGGGACCCGUGGUCCCGAAGUUGCUUAAGACUAAAUCAAUCAAUCAAUCUUGAUCCCGUUUCUCAGGCACGAAUCGUGGUGAACGGGAAAACAAUCCUCGGAUUUUGGUAACCGAAAUCGCGAAAAUUACAAAGAGCAUCCAGGAAACACGAACCCGGAUGCACCAAGAUUGUGGAUGGUCCAAAUGACCGUUAGACCAUCAAAGAUAUUGAUUGUUUAGGGGAAAUGUAAAAUGGUUGAUUGCUCUCAGUCAUUUAGAAAAAAAAGGUUCUUUCUUCGGCGAGGAGUUAUGAGUGCGCCCCUGAUAAGGCGUCAUCGCCCGCUAAAAGGUACAGGAACCAAACUCUGAAAACCGCUCUUUGCUUUUUCCUGGAACCCGCGCAGCCACCGACAUACAAACAGACCUUCCUCUUUAUAUCAAUUUAUUUAAAAGGAGCUUCGCAUCGCCAGGCCCUUCAUCCACCACCCCCGAUCCCUCCGACCCAAAACCCUCACCUAGAAAAAAAUGGCAACCAACAUCACCUGGCACGAGUCCCUCCGCCGCAGUGAGCGCGAGAGGCUGCGCGGACAGCGCGGAUACACGAUCUGGUUCACUGGUCUCUCUGCCUCUGGCAAGUCGACCAUCGCGACGGCGCUGGAGCAGCACCUACUACACCUUGGUGUGGGCGCAUACCGUCUCGACGGAGACAAUGUGCGCUUUGGGCUGAACAAGGAUUUGGGCUUCUCGGAGGCGGACAGGAAUGAGAACAUUCGCAGGAUUGCGGAGGUAGCGAAGCUCUUCGCUGAUGCUUCGACUGCGACUCUCACAUCUUUCAUCUCGCCUUACAAAGCUGACCGCAAGAUCGCCCGCGACUUGCACGCCACCGUUGCCGCAGGCGACGAGCCAAUCCCCUUCAUCGAGGUGUACGUGGACAUCCCCAUCGAGGUGGCCGAGCAGCGCGACCCCAAGGGCCUGUACAAGAAGGCGCGUGCGGGCAUAAUCAAGGACUUCACCGGCAUCUCUGCGCCUUACGAGGCCCCUGAUGCGCCGGAGAUCCACAUCCGCUCUGACCAGGUCAGCGUUGAGGAGGCGGUGGUGAAGAUUGUCGAAUACCUGAUGUCGAAGGACCUGCUACCGGCGGCUGCGCUGAAGAACUAGGGAAGGGGUUGAAGAUAUUUACGAUUACGAUGAUGGAUCUAGAAAGUAAAAUAUACUUUUUUUAGUGUUU